AUGAUAGCUCUCACUAGAAGAAGUUUCGGGAUUUUGCUUAGGCAAUCGCUGCCUUAUGUUGUGGGUUUGUUCAUCUUGAUGCUUGUCUUCUACAGUAGUUCAGAUACAUCACAGCUUAGUCUGUUUUCCAAGACACUUAGUUCACGCCACAGUAUCUGUGAGGCGCAUGGCUGGCGUCCAUACCAUCACUCAUCUGAAAGACCCCGAAAGAUCUACGACCUCUUCAUGCUAAGCUCUGAGCUCGACUGGCUCGAGAUUCGCCUCAACACGCUUGCCAACUCGGUCGACUAUUUCGUCGUAGUCGAAUCCAACAUCACCUUCACCGGGCUUCCCAAACCUCUACAUUUUCUCGACAACCAAUCACGCUUUUCCCAAUUUGCUCCUCAGAUAAUCUAUCACCUCCUCGAGAACCGACCUUUGACUUCAAGUCGCACAUGGGACUAUGAAGAUCACCAGCGAAACGCCAUGUUCACACAAGUGAUCCCGCAACUCAACGGUUCCCAAACUGCCAGUGUGGGAGAUGUGCUCAUCGUCUCCGACAUCGAUGAGAUUCCGCGGCCCGAAACGCUCGAGCUCCUACGGAUUUGUGAUUUUGACAAACGUCUCACACUGCGUAGUCGUUUCUACUAUUACGGUUUCCAGUUUCUUCACAAGGGUCCCGAAUGGCCACAUCCUCAAGCAACCAUCUACGCGGGUCCUACUAAGACUAUCCUUCCCGCCGAUCUAAGAAAUGGCGAAGGCGGCUUCAGACCCUUUACCUAUUUUCAAAAAAGAGAUUUGACGAAUGCGUCUUGGCAUUGCUCAUCUUGCUUUGCGACAAUCUCGGAGAUGUUGAAUAAGAUGGCAAGCUUCUCACAUACGAGUUUGAACCGUGAGGUGUUCAGGAGUGAGGAAAGAAUUGUGGAUAGAGUGAGGAAGGGCUUGGACUUAUGGGAUAGGGAGAGUGAAGAAUACGUUAUAUUGACGGAGAAUACGGAUAUUCCAAAAUGGGUAGGGAAUAAUAGCGAGCGGUUUCGGUAUAUGUUGAGGAGGGAGGGGAGAGAUGCUGGGUUCGUGGAUUACGUGGCCAAGGAUGGGGAUGUAGAAGGAUCUUAA